AUGGCCCCGGGGACCCUCGUGCUGGCCUCAUGGAAUCCAAAUGUGAUGACGGCUUCCAUCGGGAGUAGCAUCGAUCUGAGCAGCGAUUUCGCGCUCGCCUCUGGCACGUCCAUGUCCUGCCCCCACAUUUCCGGCAUUGCGGCACUCUUGAGAGGCGCGCACCCCGAGUGGAGCCCAGCAGCAAUACGAUCUGCCAUCAUCACUACGGCCAACCCUCUCGACAAUACCGGGAGCAGAAUUCGAGACGCGAGUUCUGGUGCCUAUGCCGACCCGCUUGCCAUGGGGGCCGGGCAAGUCAACCCAAAUCGGGCGCUCGACCCGGGACUGGUUUAUGACUUAUCCCGACAGGAGUAUGUUAGUUACCUCUGCUCCAUGAAUCUCACCAGGAUGCAAAUUAAGACCAUUGUGAGAUCCGACUACAACAGCUCAAUCCCAUCGUCCGACCUCAACUAUCCGUCCUUCAUUGCUCUUUAUCCUUCUAACCACCAGGGCAAGAUGUUGACCAAGGAAUUUCAAAGAACGGUUACAUACGUGGGCGAUGGUAAAAACCCAGUCGUAUUCCAUGCCAAGGUAGAUGCCCCCAAUAACACUAACAUUCAAGUUUGGCCACGGAGAUUGAUUUUCAACAACAAAUAUGACAAGGGAAGCUAUAAUUUGACCAUUCACUACAAGGUACCACCACCUACAGCUCAUGCCCUACACGGUUCUCUCUCUUGGAUAGAUGAGGGUGGCAAGCACACGGUCAGAAGUCCCAUUGUGCUUUCUCACAUGCUUAAUAAUUUUACUAUCUAG